AUGGCAAUCUUCGUGCAUCUCUCAUCCCUGAGCCCCUCGACCUCCUUCCAUCUGCCGACCUUAACCUUCCCGCUCAUCGCCGCGGGGUCAAAGAGGGGGACGGCAGUGCUGCUGUCUCUCUCCUCGAGGUUUAGAUGCUGGUCGGGAUCGUCUCCUCCUCCCCCUCCGUCUCCAUCUCCAUCUCCUCCUCCUCCUCCUCCUCCUCCUCUAUUUGACUCCGAUGAAGCUUCCUUCAGGGGGAAGGGCUCCUCGACCGGAGACAAUUCGGCAUACAUCUGGUGUGCAGGCCUGGGAGCCCUGGGAUUCGUGGAGACAUGCUAUCUCACUUUCCUGAAGGUGACCGAUUCGGAAGCCUUCUGCCCCGUCGGGGGGGGGAGCUGCGGCGAUGUUCUUAGCAGUGACUAUGCUAGCGUCUUUGGUAACUAGCUUCAACUCUCUCAGUUAGCUUUGGUACCAAUUACGUCUUCCAUAGCUUCUUAAUCAUGCCGUAGCUAAGUUCCUUCCAAUACUGAGCGAAAUUGAGGAGAGCUCUUGAACCAAGGGGUAAUACUAAAGUCGCACCAUAUUUUUUUUUAUCGAAAGUGAGUGUAAUGGAGUUCAUAUAAUCUCAAAGGGCCGUACACAUGGACUUCGAAAAUGUAUAUUUGCCAUCUGAGAGUCAUAUAAUAGUUAGUGUAAACUAACCGUCAGAAUCAUGACAUGGAUUUCGGACGGACUGCGGUACAGGGCAAAUCCCAAACUGAGUGUAGAGACACGCUUAGAACAUUGUGGACGCUCUCUUUAUUAUCUUUGAAAACGUCGGUUCAGACGAUAAUGAAGCACUUAUGUUCAUUUUAUAAUCUGGAUAUCGAAUCGUUUUGUGAAACAUUAACAACCAGAUUGUGAUGUACUACUGAAAAUUGACAUAAGCUACAGUAAAUUUUAUGCGACUUGCGGGACACGAAUGCAAAUUUUUAUCAUUAAGUUUACGUUAAUUAUGUGGAGCCAUAGUCUUUUGUCUGUGGUCUCGAGGAUAAUAUACGCAUUCUUUCACAAUGCUGUAUGUAUUAACCAAUCUGAAACGAUGCUAUGCGAUUGUGAAUUUGAAUCCAAGAAAUGUAAUUAAAAAUCUCCUCAGUAAAAUUUGAAGAUAAAUUUAUGAUUUUUUAUUUUAUGUUAGCGUCAUUAUUAUUUUUUAGAGUAUAGAUAUUCUUUGAACUCUUGGAUUACGUUGAAUUUAUCAGCCCUUGCUGAUCCCGUCAAUAUUUCUAUGAAACUUGUCACCAAACUUCAUCUCAGUUCAAAAUUCCCAAAACAUCAAAUGUCUGUCAUGGUAGAGAUCUUGGUUAAUGCCAUCUGUAGCCAUGUUUCGACAAUGCUUUUGAUUAAUGGACCAAUUCUGUAAAUUUCUUCUUUUCGGUUCAUUGGUGUUCAUAAUGGUGCAAAGGUUUUUUAUCUUGUGACGUUUAGGCAAAAAGUCAAUCACUGUGCCUGGUAGUGUCUGCUUGUGUCGAAUUGUUUGCUGACCAUGUGAGAUAUAUAUAGUUUCCAUUCUCGUACAGGUCUGAUAACUCCUACUCUUGCAUCUUUGAAAGAGAAUUUCAUUAAUUUCUUCUUGCCAGGUAUUCCACUUCCAUUGUAUGGUGCGCUUGCAUAUGGUUUUGUUGCGUUUCUCGGACUGCAGCUUUCUGGAAAGAAAGCUGUUUUUGGGCUCGGAGAAACAGAUGCUCGUUUGGCUCUUCUUGGUUCCACAACAUCGAUGGCUACAGCGAGUGCUUAUUUUCUUUACCUUCUGAGCACAAAAUUCGCUGGGGUAUCUUGCCCAUACUGUCUUUUUUCAGCUGCUUUGUCCUUCAGCUUAUUCUUUAUUACUGUGAAGGUACAGUCUCCUGUGUUUGUUCUUCUCCUGGAAUAUUUCGUUGAGGGGAAAAUUGUAACUUAUCCGUAGCUUUUGAUUUGUGUAGGAUUAUGGGUUCCAAGAGAUCAAAAAACUAGUUGGUGUACAAUUAGUAAUUGCUGGAUUAGUGGUGGCUGCAUUAAGCAAUUCAUACAGUACAGCAGACUUACCAGUGUAGGUCCUGAUAUUUGAAAUCUGGUGUCAUUAUCUAUUUGUGAUUCGUCUUCGAACCUGUAUCAUUUGUUAGUUGUGAGUUUCUUCUGUUUCAUAGAACUUGCUAAUAUUGUUGUUGAUUUGUUGGACAUAUGACUACAGCAAAAGAUAGACUCUUUCUCUUUGGUGAAGCUGCAUAUUUUCCUGUGUUGGUCAAAGGGAUGAAUUUUGCAUACUGGAUGAUGUAAAAAAAAUUAUCAAAAAAGUUUCUCGCUCAAUUUUAUGUUGUGUGAUCUAUGUUCAAGGUAUACAUUAUACAUGUACCAUCGAAUAGACUUUUAUCUCUAUUUACUCAUGACAGUCUGGGAUGAUAUAUGAAGGUCCAUUAAUACCUGUUUCUCAAGGUUCCUUUGUGUAAACUUGUUUUUCUUAGUUUCCUCGAGAUUUCAUCGUUCGUAUUUCUGUUACAUGCCCAUUACAUUGCGCUGGAUCUGAUAUGCUUCAGGAUACAUUUUCCAAUACAUCCACGCAGUUUCUUAUGACACUGAAUAUGUUUUCUCGUAACUUUCUUAACCUUUUUUAUUCAACUCUUCUUAUUCCACAGGAUCAUCAAUCAUUUUUCUUAGUUAAUGUGGAUUGGCUAUUUAAGUGACGAUCUGCUUCUUAAAAAAAAUAGUUUUUAUUGUCUUGUUUUAAAAGACAUUGUUUCUUAUUUGAACAGCUCAAGUGACAUUGACCUGGAACACUUUGAGACUGAGAUUACAUCGGAAUCGACUCCUUUUUCUAUUUCUCUCGCAAAACACCUGCGUGCCAUAGGAGCUAAGAUGUAUGGUGCGUUUUGGUGUUCACAUUGUCUAGAACAGAAACAGGUAAAUUCUCUUAUAUACGUAUCCCAAUAGAAAUGAUAAUUGCGAGAAAAGUGAGUUCUAAUAGAGCAUUGUUGAACUGGGUUCCACCAUUCAUAGAAAAAAAAUGAAAGUUUGCAUAGUUUUUACCUUCUUACAGGACCUCAUCGUCCAUUGAUCUAUGUUUUAUACUCUAGUUUUAUGUAUGCGUAGAACUGGCCAUUACCAUUACACGGUUGUGUACAGUGUUUUAGGAAGCUGCCAGUUUGUUUGGUUGCAACUGGGCGAUGUGGGACUUGAUCAUUGGAAAGUAUGUAAAAACUUUCAAAAAUGUCUAAACCCGCAAGAUUUUCAGGGUUUUUAUUUAGAAAUAUCUCAAGAAAGAGUGCUACUGCUCCGCAUUGGUUGAGUGAAAUGAAGCAUGUUUAAUCAGAGGGGGGGGGGAUUUGAUUCGGAAAAAAAGGAAAAUGACUAGUAUUAUUGGAGAUGCACCUCAUUCCAAGACCUCCAAUACAUCUCCCAUGCAUCUUUCUUACUGUCUCCAUUUCGAUCGACAUAGGAUUAGUGCGUUUCCUCUUCGCGUUGUGGCUGCAGAUGUUUGGGCGUGAAGCCAUGAAGAUUGUGGACUACGUCGAGUGCUUCCCCGAAGGAGCUGGUAAGGGAAAGAACAUACUCAAGGAAUGCACAGAUGUGGGCAUCGAAGGCUUCCCGACUUGGAUUAUAAGGGGCCAGGUACAGGGUCCUUGCUUCUUUCGCCUUUAAUGCCCUUUUCGGUCAUCUAAUUUUCAACUAAGUCUUUGCGAAUGCCGUCGGUGUUAGUCGAUUUGUGGAGCUUUGAAACAAGUAUUAUGAGCCCAUUUCGCAGGCUAUCAGCGGAGAACAAACGCUUUCCGAUCUUGCGGCAGCGUCUGGAUUGUCGUCUUCAGACGGGCUUUCUGCUUCCGAACCUGGAAGGACGAACAGGUAA